UAAAUACUAAUCUUGUUAAAUCAUUGAGUCCACAAUAGUAUACCACCAGCUCAUGUGACAUACAGUCUGUCAAACAUCUCUGUUUCUGCCUUUUUUUUCUUUCAUUGCAAAAACAAACUUCUUUUUUCCUGCCAACCAUAUUAUUCUUCUCACUAGAAACUUUCUUUAUCUCUUAAGUUCUCAACAACUUCACUUGUAAUCUCACUCACUCUUGGUUAUUUCUCAUCAUGGCCACUGAAACUCUUGAACUUGCUUCUGAUCCUACUCAUCAGGAAUUUGUGAAGCAGGAAAAGGACGAAGCUAUUGCAGAAAAGAUCAAUUCCUUAGCAAAAGAAGAGGGAGACAAACCCGAUGAUGCACAAGAUCAAUCUACUCCCUCGUCCACGACGGAAGGAGAUGUGGUGAAGGCUGAGCUUGAAGCAGCAGAGAUCGAAAAGGGGGACGAUUCUUCAGCGUUGAAGGAAUUUGUGAAGCACGAAAAGGACGAAGCUAUUGCAGAAAAAAUCGAUUCCUUAGCCAAUGAAGAUGGAGGCAAGCCCGACGAUGCACAACGUCAAGCUACAACUUCGGCCACGGCAGAAGGGGAUGAGGUGAAGGCUGAGCUUGUAGCAGCAGAGAUCGUAAAGGAUGACGAUUCUUCAGAGUUGAAGGAAUUUGUGAAGCAGGAAAAGGAUGAAGCUAUUGCAGAAAAGAUCGAUUCCUUAGCCAAUGAAGAUGGAGGCAAGCCCGAUGAUGCACAAGGUCAACCUACACCUUCAUCCACGACAGAAGGGGAUGAGGUGAAGGCUGAGCUUGCAUCAGAGGCGAUCGUAAAGGGUGACGAUUCUUCAGUAUUGAAGGAAUUUGUGAAGCCGGAAAAGGACGAAGCCAUUGCAGAAAAGAUUAAUUCCUUAGCCAAUGAAGAUGAAGAUAAGCCUGCCGAUGCACAAGGUCAAGCUACUCCUUCGUCCACGACAGAAGGAGAUGAGGUGAAGGCUGAGCUUGCAGCAGCAGAGAUAGUAAAGGAUGACAAUUCUUCAAAGCAAUUUGUGAAGCUGGAAAAGGAUGAAGCUAUUGAAGAAAAGAUCAAUUCCUUAGCCAAUGAAGAUGGAGACAAGCCUGACGAUGCACAAGGUCAAGCAACUCCUACAUCCGAGGCAGGAGAUGAGGUGAAGGCUGAGCUUACAGCUGCGGAGAUCGAAAAGGGUGAUGAUUCUUCAGCAUUGAAGGAAUUUGUAAAUCCGGAAAAGGAUGAAGCUAUUUCAGAAAAGAUUAACUCCUUAGCCAAUGAAGAUGUUGACAAGCCCAAAGAUGCACAAGGUCAAGCUACACCUUCCACAACUGAAGGAGAUAAGGUGAAGGCUGAGCUUGCAUCAGAACCGAUCGAAAAGGGUGGCGAUUCUUCAGCAUUGAAGGAAUUAGUGAAGCUGGAAAAGGAUGAAGCUAUUGCAGAAAAGAUUGAUUCCUUAGCCAAUGAAAAUGAAGACGAGCCCGACGACACACAAGGUCAAGCUACUCCUUCGUCCACGACAGAAGGAGAUGAGGUGAAGGCUGAGCUUGCAUCAGAAGCGAUCGAAAAGGGUGACGAUUCUUCAGCAUUGAAGGAAUUUGUGAAGUUGGAAAAGGACGAAGCUAUUGCAGAAAAGAUCAACUCCUUAGCCAAUGAAGAUGGAGACAAGUCUGACGAUGCACAAGAUCAAGCUACUCCUUCGUCCACGACAGAAGGAGAUGAGGUGAAGGCUGAGCUGGCAGAAGAGAUCGAAAAGGGUGACGAUUCUUCCGUAUUGACAGUUUCUGCUGAAGAUAGUCUGAAACCAGACGUAGUUGAUGACGCACAAAAUUCAGCUGCAGAGAAAGGAGAUGAUGAGAAGGCUGAGCUUGCGGCAGUAGAGAUUGAAAAGUCUGACGACUCUUCAGCAGUGAAGAUUUCUAUUGAAGAUAGUCUGAAACCUGACAUAGUUGAUGACACACUAAAUUCGGCUGUAGAGAAAGUAGAUGAAGAGAAGGCUGAGCUUCCUGUUGCAGUAGAAAAAUUUGAUGAUUCUGCGCCAUUAGAACCUGUUGCAGUUGCAGACAAUGUGGAAGAGGAGAAGGAUCUAAUUCCUGAAUCACAGCCCAUCAGUUUUGCAGAACCAAUGCUUGAUGCAGCAAUAAGCCAGCAAGACGAGCCACCAUCGACUGAACCUGAUGUGAAGGAAACACAACAACCAAUUGAAAAGGAACCUGUAGAAACUGACAGAGAGAAUCAAUCCAAAACAGAAGAUGUUCCAGAAGCUGAAAUCAUUGAAAAAUCAGUUGACGCCACUGAAUAUUCAAGUGAUGCAACUGAGACUAAUCAAUCUGCAGUAGAUGAGGUGAAACGGGCUGGAGUUUCAGAAACAAGUGCCGAAAAGGUGGCCGAGCCUGUAGCCACAGAAGAGAGGGAUGUAAGCCAAGAACCAGAAAAAGAAUCGCAAGAAAAUUCAGAAGAGGCAGAACAACCAAGCACAAUUGCAAUUGUUGAACCCUCAACUGAAGCUAAUGAGGAAAAGUCAUCAACAAACAUAGCGGAAGAGACCAACAACAACAACGAUGAAAUAGAGCCUACAGAAAAAGCAAAAUCAGAAUCUGUGGUUACUGAAGUUGAGCCUACAGAAACAAAAAGUGAACUUGUGGUUGCUGAAAUUGAGCCCGCGGAAACAGUAAAAGACGAGUCUGUGGUUACUGAAGUUGAGGAAAAUCAAACAGAACCAGAACAGAAAUCAACCAAAACAAGGGAAGAGAAGCAACCAAACACGUCUUCACUUCCUGAACAGUCUGCAGAAACUAACGAUGUCGCUGCUGUAGAAGAAAAAACAAGAGAAUUGGAGUUUGAGGCACCGAGACUGAAAGAUACAAACAACGACGAUGCAGGGCCUACUGAAACAGAGAAGGCAGAGCCUGUGGUUACUCAAGUUGAGCCUACAAAAUCAGUAAAAGAAGAACUUGUGGUUGCUGAAGUUGAGCCCACGGAAACAGUAAAGGAAGAGCCCGCAAUUACUGAAAUUGGGGAAAAUCAGAAAGAACCAGAAUCACAAUCAACAGAACCAAGGGAAGAGGAGCAACCAAACACAUCUUCAAUUCCUGAACAAUCUACAGAAACUAAUAAUGUCAUUGUUGUAGAAGGAAAAACAAGAGAAUUAGAGUUUGAGGCUGCGAUACUGAAAGAGAUAAACAACAAUGAUGCAGGGCCUACGGAAACAGAGAAAGCGGAGCCUGUGGUUACUGAAGCGGAUGAAAACCAAGGUGAACAAGAAAUUCAAUCAUCCAGGCAAGAGGAAGAAGAGAAGCCAAAGGACGCAUCUGAAAGUCGAGAACAAAUAGGUGAUGCAGUGGAGGUUCACCCUCUCAAAGACUUAGAUAUUGAGGCGCCGCAAGAUACCGGAAACUUGGAAUCAGAAGCAAUUCCUGCAAAAGAAGAGAACAUAGGCCUUCUGUCUAAUGGAGUGGAAGAAAAGCCAAGAGAACAAUUACAAAUAGGUGAGGAAGUUGUGGAAACUAUUAAGGAGGUGGAGCCUGAGCAAGCAACCGAAAAAAGUGGAGAAUCUCUAGAAGGCACAAUCAGAAACUCCAGUGUCAAAGAAGAGGAAAGUGAAACUAACACCAAAGUGAAUACUGAACAAGUUUCACUGAAGGACUCUGCAAAUCCGGUGGAACCUUCCCCUGAAGUUAAAGAAAAGAUUGUUGUAGAAGAUGUCAAGAAAGAAGUGGUCGGUGUUACGGAGAACGCUACCGGUGUCAAGGAAAAGGUUGAUGUUGCUACAGAGGAUGUAAAGAAGGAACCAGAAGCACCCGAUGCUGUCCAAGUAUCCUCAAGAGAGACGGAGGUUGAGAUCAAGAAGGCUGAGGAACAGAAUGAGGCAAAGACAACUACACCUGAAGCAAGGGAAGCUGACACAAAGGUGGAUGAAAUCUCUAGAGCAGUAAGUGAACCUGUUAGAGAAACACUGGCAUCUAAAUUCGAAGAAAAAGACAAGGAGGAAAAAACUAUUCAAACAGGAGAGAAUAAUUCGGAGAAAGAGCAAAUCAAAGAGCCAGUGAAAACUGAGGUUGAAGCCACUAAGGAAAACGACACAACAACAGUAUCCAAGGACCUUCCAAAAGAAACUCCAUCCAAACCAGCUCAGAAGCAAUCAAGUAACAUUAUAUCAAAGGUAAAACAGUCAUUAGUGAAAGCAAAGAAGGCCAUCACUGGUAAAUCUCCAUCCUCCAAAAACCUGAACUCAGAUCAAAAGGGGGACAUUAAAGUCAAAUAAUGGGGCAUAAUGAAUUGAGUUUGCUGAAUUAAAAUCUUUGUUUUCUUUUUUUCGUUGUUGUGAUGCAUAGCAUUAUAGCAUAUAUUUUGGUUUCUAUACACUAUAGUUUUCUCUUGAAUUUAUUUGAAUGCAAAAAGGUGUGCAGAGUGCAGUGUAUAUAGAAGAUGGCCUCAGGCCAUGCUUUAGGCAGAAGUGUAAAAUUUGAUUGUUUUCUUCAUUAUUCUUUUGAAUGUUUGUUCUUGAUUGAUGUUUGUAAACGAUGGAAACCAUUUUAACUAUAUGGUGUGAAAAUGAAUUGUUUGUACUUCUUGUA